AUGCUGAGACGCAUUCGAGCCGAGUUUGCACCAAAAGACUUUGAUGCGUGGGCCUACAACAUAUGGUGGCCACAAGACCAGCUUAUUUCACCCCUCACGGGAAAAGUGGACUUUGUUGUAGAGGACAUCAAAUUCGCCUACAAUGCGUGGUGCCUCUUGAGACUUGCAAUGUUUUUCGGCGUGCGACAUCCCAAAAUCUUGAGCAACAUGGUGAACACAACGCCCUCUAUGGAUAUUAUGCUCGCAGGCAACCGUCUCUUUUACAUGCAUUCACGCGUUGAAGCACAAUUUGCACCGGACAAAGUUCGUAUUGCGUUAACCCCCAACCACCCUCGUGCAUUUCCGAUCCAAAAAUUCAGCUGGCUACAACACUGCACACAGUACCGCCCUGGAGCGACCGGCGUGGAACUCGUUCUCGGGAUGGAGAACGGUCUUUCACCGGAAGUUGCCGACGCAUGCGACCACUGCACGUACAUUCCCCAAUACGGUUCUAUUGGAUCACUUUCCAUGCUGUCAGCCCUGGCCAUCGCCGCACACACAAUGUCCCGAAGCUUACGGAACGAGAAUAAAGCGUUUCUGAUUCCUGACGGAGCAUCAACGACUCGAUCGAGUGGUCAUAUGCCUCUGUCCAGAAAUCCACAUCCACUCAAGAGAGGACUGCCACACGAGGUUGACCUGCUUCCUUGUAGUAAUGUGGAGAUCAGAAACAUUCUACGUGAGCGCAGACAGAUGUACGAUCUUCAAAUGAGCGUCAUGAUGUACAACGAACUCGGCGACCGAAAUAUCGGUGCUGUAAUACGGAACGCUAACGCGUUUAAUUGCGAAUACGUUGUCAUUAUUAACCGCAGACGUUUUAACCGCCGUGGGGCAGUCGGUACGCAAAAGGUUCUCGAUGUCCGCUUUUUUGAAACAGUGUACGACGACGAAGCGCGUACUUUACUGGACGAUUACGAGGUCUGGCUUCUGUAUCCUUACUAUCCGAAUCUGCUCAUUUAUGAUGGCAACACGGAUAUGUACUCUGCGCUCCAGUCUGCGACUUUUCUGCGCCACGGAGACCCUUUGCUCUGCGCCUGGCGUGCAUCUCAGCACCGGCUCACCGCGCAGCACCCUCUUCUAUGUGCACAUCCUCGCCUUGCUGCUGAUCCUGUGUACCUCGACGAUGACGAAUCUCUCACAAGAGCCGUUCAAAAAGUGAAAGAGAAGAAACUUCGAGGCAUCAUAUUGGCUGUUCCAGAGGAAGGGUCCUCGCCUCAUCCUUCUUUAAGAGACGUUUGCCAUCGCGUGGUAUACGUCUCCGAUCCUACCGUACUGCCGCACGCAACGCAGCGUGGACUCAACCCUGCGCUAUCCACUGCGAUCAGUUUUGAGAGGAUUCGCUCGGCAAUCGAUGCAUUACACACUCUCUGA